GAGAUCAGCUGUGCUUCUCUGGUCUCAGCUCUGAAGUCCAACCCCUCCCAUCUGACAGAACUGGACCUGAGUAAGAACAACCUGCAGGAUUCAGGAGUGAAGCUGCUGUCUGCUGGACUGGAGAGUCCAGACUGUAGACUGGAGACUCUGAGGUUGAGUCGCUGCAGUUUGUCAAAGAUCAGCUGUGCUUCUCUGGCCUCAGCUCUGAAGUCCAACCCCUCCCAUCUGACAAAACUGGACCUGAGUGAAAACAAGCUGCACGAUUCAGGAGUGAAGCUGCUGUCUGCUGGACUGGAGAGUCCAGACUGUAGACUGAAGACUCUGAGGUUGAGGGACUGCAGUUUGUCAGAGAUCAGCUGUGCUUCUCUGGCCUCAGCUCUGAAGUCCAACCCCUCCCAUCUGACAGAACUGGACCUGAGUGAGAACCAGCUGCAGGAUUCAGGAGUGAAGCUGCUGUCUGCUCUGGUGAAGAGUCCAGACUGUAGACUGAAGACUCUGAGGUGGAUGUGGUCUCAGUAAGCGUGUGAGCGAUCAGAAAAGUGAUCAGCUGAGAGCCGAUCGGCUGCGUCCUGAUGAUCCAGAGAGGUUGAAGCAGCAGCAGCUUGUGGGUGGAGAGGCUCUGACUGGGCCAUGUUACUGGGAGGUAGAGUGGAGAGGAGAGCUUCAUCCAGCAGUGACUGACAGAGGAACCACAACAAGUGGAGAUGAGUGUCAGUGCUGCAGUGUGAACUGCUCUGAGAUCAGCUCCACUGUCAGACACAGUGUCCAGUCCAGCAUCCUCCCUGUGUGUUGCUGUGGAUGUGACAGGGUAUCAUCAGUGUAUCUGGACUGCUGUGCUGCUGCUCUGUCCUUCUACACAGUCUCUGCAGACCCUCCUCCACUCCUUCUGCUCCUCCUCUGUCGGCUCUCUGUGUUUCAGCUUGAUGGAUAUUUGGCUCAUAUUUCUAUACUUUGAUAACUUUGAGUACACACAUAUAUUCUGCUAAUAGUUAGAUUACAUGCACAUGCUCACGUUAAUGAUAGUUGGAUCCUGAUGUGUUGAUCUGAUUCAUGUUUUCUGCUGAUGGAUUGUGUGACUGAAUAAUAAAC